GAUGCACUAAUGUUGAUAUGGAAUACUUGCUUUAUUCUGAAUGUUUUCCCUUUCCUUUCUUCUAGGUUUAACUAUAGAUCAACCCAUCACCUUGCAUCCCAUGGGUUUUAUGAAUUUUUAAAUUGGUUUGAUGAAAGAGCAUGGUAUCCACUGGGAAGAAUAGUAGGUGGGACUGUGUACCCAGGGUUGAUGGUGACAGCAGGCCUUAUACAUUGGAUUUUAAAUAUGCUUAAUAUAACAGUCCACAUAAGAGAUGUAUGUGUGUUCCUAGCACCAGUUUUUAGCGGCCUUACAGCUAUUUCUACUUUCCUGCUUACCAGAGAACUGUGGAACCAGGGAGCAGGGCUUUUAGCUGCCUGUUUUAUUGCUAUAGUACCAGGUUACAUAUCUCGAUCAGUAGCAGGAUCCUUUGACAAUGAAGGCAUAGCUAUUUUUGCACUGCAGUUCACAUACUAUUUGUGGGUGAAAUCUGUGAAAACCGGGUCGGUCUUUUGGACAAUCUGCUGCUGUUUAUCCUACUUUUAUAUGGUCUCUGCAUGGGGUGGUUAUGUUUUCAUCAUCAAUCUUAUUCCUCUACAUGUGUUUGUUCUGUUGUUGAUGCAGAGAUACAGCAGGAGGGUCUACAUAGCAUAUAGCACUUUCUAUAUUGUGGGCUUAAUAUUAUCAAUGCAGAUACCUUUUGUGGGAUUUCAGCCAAUUAGAACAAGUGAGCAUAUGGCAGCUGCAGGCGUUUUUGCACUGCUGCAGGCCUAUGCCUUUUUGCAGUAUCUGAGAGAGAGACUGACAAAGCAAGAGUUUCAGACCUUGUUCUUCUUGGGUGUGUCAUUGGCUGCUGGAAUUGUAUUUUUGAGUGUCAUCUAUUUGACAUAUACAGGUUACAUUGCUCCAUGGAGUGGCAGGUUUUAUUCAUUGUGGGACACAGGGUAUGCGAAAAUUCACAUCCCGAUCAUUGCCUCUGUGUCAGAGCAUCAGCCUACAACAUGGGUUUCCUUCUUUUUUGAUCUGCAUAUUCUCGUGUGUACUUUUCCAGCAGGGCUGUGGUUCUGUAUCAAAAACAUCAAUGACGAAAGAGUCUUUGUUGCUCUAUAUGCAAUCAGUGCUGUUUACUUUGCUGGUGUGAUGGUUCGUUUGAUGUUGACUUUGACUCCAGUGGUCUGUAUGCUAUCAGCAAUUGCUUUCUCCAAUGUUUUUGAGCACUAUUUGGGUGAUGAUAUGAAGAGGGAAAAUCCACCAGUAGAAGACAGCAGUGAUGAGGAUGACAAAAGAAACCCAGGCAACCUGUAUGACAAGGCAGGUAAAGUGAGAAAACAUGUAUCUGAACAGGAAAAAACAGAAGAAGGACUGGGUCCCAAUAUUAAAAGCAUUGUUACAAUGCUGAUGCUCAUGUUAUUGAUGAUGUUUGCUGUCCACUGCACCUGGGUAACCAGCAAUGCGUACUCCAGCCCUAGUGUGGUUCUGGCCUCAUACAAUCAUGAUGGCACUCGGAACAUUCUUGAUGAUUUUAGAGAAGCCUACUACUGGCUAAGACAAAACACAGAUGAACAUGCCAGAGUAAUGUCUUGGUGGGACUAUGGCUACCAGAUAGCCGGAAUGGCUAAUCGGACUACGUUAGUCGAUAAUAAUACCUGGAACAACAGCCACAUAGCCCUGGUGGGAAAGGCAAUGUCAUCAAAUGAAACAGCAGCAUAUGAAAUCAUGAGGAGUCUGGAUGUGGAUUAUGUUUUAAUUAUUUUUGGUGGUGUGAUCGGCUACUCUGGUGAUGAUAUUAACAAGUUCUUGUGGAUGGUGAGGAUAGCGGAGGGAGAGCAUCCCAAAGAUAUCCGGGAAAGCGACUACUUUACUCCCCAAGGAGAGUUCCGUGUAGACAAGGCAGGUUCUCCAACCUUACUGAACUGCCUCAUGUAUAAAAUGUCCUAUUACAGAUUUGGAGAGAUGCAGCUGGAUUUUCGGACACCUCCAGGAUUUGAUCGCACUCGCAAUGCUGAGAUUGGCAACAAGGACAUUAAAUUUAAACACUUGGAGGAAGCCUUUACGUCAGAACACUGGCUUGUUAGAAUAUACAAAGUAAAAAAAUUAGACAACAGAGAGACAUUGGACCACAAACCUAGAGUAACCAACAUUGUACCGAAACAGAAGUAUUUGUCAAAGAAGACCGCCAAAAGGAAGCGUGGCUACAUUAAGAAUAAACUAACUUUAAAGAAAGGCAAGAGACCCAACAGGAAGACAGUUUAAACACACUGUUCUGAUUGCUAAUACGAAGCAGUUGUCCUUGAGAUAACCAGUCUUUGCCUUUAGCUCAAGUCAUGUUUCACAGCAACAUGAGGGUACAGAACCAUCAUUGGUCCAGAUAAUUGUACAAAUUUUUCAGGCAAUGUCUGAUCAAAAAUAUUGGCUUAUUGAGAACAGCUGUUUUAGAUUUGUAAUGUGAAGCAAGACAGAGCUGCUGUCCAAGUCUAGCAGCAGAUUUUUUUUAUUGGUACAUAUUAUCCUUCAAAUCUGUUGAGAAUUUGGACUGACUGCACCAAAGAACCCUCUAAUUUGGUCCUUGGCACAUGCAUACUUGUCAAUUUUUUUUUUCUCUUUUGGAAAAAACUUAUAUCAGCAAAAUAGCAAUACGUUAACUGGAAUGGUAAAAGGACUGUGGCUUGUGAAAAGACUGGUUUUGCAACAUGACAUUUUAAACAAUUGAGAGAUGAGGAAUGUGGAUCUUUGAAAUUCAGCUAUUAGAAAGCAGACUUUCUCCCUGGAUUGACAUGGAAUCAUUUAAAUGUACUUUUUCCUCUUGCUGAAGUUAGUUUUGGACUGGACUGUAAAGGCAAGCUGCCAUCUUGCAAACUAUCAUGGGACUGACUGCCAAUUGGAUGAUGCGGCUUUAUAAUGCAGUUCAAAUUGGAGAAGCUGCUGUGGGUUUUAGGAGGGGGCUUGGUUGGUUGGUUUGUUUGAAGUGAUUGCAGCAUUGCUGUUUCAUACAGCCAGAUCUUGCACACUUUAGGAAUAAGGGCUAAAUUUGUAUCCUCAUGAAAAUCUGAAGCGACAGUAAUGAAUGCUAUUGAGCACCAGAGCAAUUGCUGUUUCAGAAUAGAAGUUAAACUAGUUUUGGUUAAAUGUUUACCUGGUAAAGAAAACAAGUGUAGCCUGCUGAAGGGGGGGGGGGGAAGGAAAAGAAAAAAAAAAAAAGACUUGACAAGUAUACAAAAUCUCUUUUCUGUGGCUAUUAGGAGAGGCCAGAGGGUUUUGCAAACCUCAGCCUGCCUCCUUGGAAGGGGCAGGAGAGGGUUUCUGGAAAUGAUUAAUCUGUUUUUCUGCAUUUUAUUUUUAGAGUGCUUUAUCAGUUGAAAAGCUUCUGCUUUAGUGCUAUUUGCUUUGUCUGUCUUUUAUACUUUUUUUUUUUUUAAAAGGUGACAGUUUUGUCAAAUUAAAUGCACUAAAAUAUAAAUGGAGAUUGAACAUGUUCACUUUCCAGCUAUAGGAAACUUUAUACAGACUUGAAAAUUUUUGUUAGUUCUUUUAAUAAAGUGAAAGAAGGGGUUUUGCAGUUUGUUUUCCUGCCACAGGAUGUAACUUUUUAUAAGAACUUACGCCAAACAUCUUGGUGUAAAAUGCAGAAUAGUAUGUACCUUUCAUGAAGAAAAUGUAAAUUUGGAAUGUUCCGUGAAAAUGUUACUGCUGACUUCUUUCCCAAGGUGUAGAAUAUUUUUUGAUUUAUAAACUCAUUUUUUUACCCUAUUGGUUCUUUUACAGACCAAUAUUACAGCUGCAACAUUUUCACACAAGUAACUUGAUCUGGAUUUCUGACCCAUCAUUUUGAGAUUUCAUUUUACUUUGUUGCUUUAAAGCUCAGUGCAGAUGAGUUGUUGACUGUAGGGGGAAAUAAAGUUAAUUCAAGUUUUGUGUUAAA